AUGUUCUCUACAAUAAGGAUGUUUAAUUGUCAGUUGACGGUCCUGCUCCUGUUCGCUCACUUGUCUGCUGUGCAAGGACGCCACCUAUGCCACCUUGCUAAUGCAACCAUCUCUGCAGAGAAAGACCACUGUCCACUGUGUGUUACCUUCACUACCACCAUCUGCAGUGGCUACUGCCAGACACUGGAUCAAGUGUACAAAACUGCUCUUUCCUCAUUUAAGCAGCAUAUCUGCACCUAUAAAGAGAUCCGCUAUGACACCAUCAGACUGCCAGACUGUUUGCCUGGCACAGACCCAUUCUUCACCUACCCUGUGGCAUUGAGCUGUGACUGUGACCACUGCAAGAUGGACUACAGUGACUGUACUGUGGAAAGCAGUGAACCUGAUGUUUGCAUGAAGAGUCGCAUAUCCAUUUAA